UGUAACAUACUUUGAAAUGAAAAAAAAGUCUCGUUUUAUUUAGUCUCAUUUGAUCAAUAUAAUUAAAUUAAACCUACCUUGAGCUUCGCUUUGCCUCUCAUCAACAUCCCCAUUCUCUAACUCUCUCUUUCUCUAAAUUUUUAUCCCUUUUACACAACCCAAAAUCUUAAACUAAUUCAUUAAUAAAUAAUAAAUUAAUUAUCUAGAAUAAAAGUGUGAAAACUUAGUAAUAAUUUUUCAAUUACCCCAUCUUUUACAAUAAAAUUUUCCAAAUUGUUAAGAUCACGAAAAGCGGUGAAUUGUCGAAUUUUUCUUUCUUGUUACAAGGAAGAGGACAUUCUGUAGUAGUUGGAUAUACCAUUUCUAAAAUCAAGUAAGUGAGAAUUAUUACAAGUUCUAAUAUCCUGCAUCGCCAUCCUUUGGCGGAUGCAAAAACAAGGAGAUAUUGAAAUAUUGUUGGAAAUGGUUGUUACUGAUUUUGAAUGUGAUCUAUUUCGAGCCGGAUACAUCCAAAUUUCAACCCGACAUGAUGUUGUAGAAGAUGAAUCCAACCUACAUGAAGGGAGAAAACAUUGGCAUUUGUUAUUCCCAGAAGUUACCCAAAAUAAAAAUAAUCCAGUAGAAAACAAUUUCAAUACGCUUCCAUCAUCGUAUAAUCAAGCGAACGAUUGUCAAGUAGAAAAUGAUCAAGUGGACAACAUUAAUAAUAUCGUUCGUCAAAGUAAUGAAUAUAUCUCUAUGGAACUUGCAAGCUAUGUUCGCGCUCAACUGGAACACGACUCAAUCCCCACUAGUUUUGCGAACCUAUUCGGAGACGAGGAACAUGAACACGAAUACACGAGACAUACCAAUGCCAUUACAUCCUUAUCACUAGAGGGUUCGUCUGAAUACCCGAUGCAUAACCCAUCUCUUCAAGUGAUGCAUAAAGAUGAAGAAAAAUACGACCCACAAAGGAUUCCAUCCUCAGUGUUUGAAAGAUGUGAUUCUCUUAUCCCAGCAGAGUGGAGUGCUACUUCUAAUGAAUCAUUAUUUAGCCUUCACCUCGGUACUUCUUCCAGCUUGGGAAAAGAUCAAGCUCUUCUACUGAGUGGAGAAUUGAAAACACAUGGGGGAUUACUUCCAAAGUCAAGCGAAGAUUUAGUCAUCACUGGAAACUUAGAAGAGAUUAGAAGACUCGCCGGAUUAUCUAAGGGAGGCGAUGAUCAACAUAAUGUAAGCAAUUCAACAACAAUUAUGUCUGGAGUUAUUAAUAAUGAAGGGGGAAAAGACCACGAGGAGAAAGAAACAAAUAAGAAACUGGUAUUGGCAUUUCAAACUGAAUGUUUUGAAGGAGAAAAACAUAAACAUCAAAACAUUCAUUCAUCUAACAUCUCAUUUCACUCCAACGCAAGCGAAGAUAGUAAUUACUCAUUUGCAUUCCCAAUAUUCGGCGAUGUAGGAAAGAAUUCUAUGAGAAAAGGGCAUCAUCAUCAUCAUCAACAACAACAACUAGACACAAACAAACAAAACACAUCUCCCAUGAAGAAAGGAUGUUUUUCUUGCUUUCAUAUUUCCUCUUGCAUUUCUUGUAGCCAUUGCAAUCCUUGCCGUUCUUGUCGCCAUUGCACUUGUUGUUCAUCUUUCGCAUCGUGUUUUACAAGUCCAUCGUGCUUAUCACGUUUAUCUUGUUGGAGAUUUUUAUUGAGAAAGUGAGCUCAUAACCUCCUUCUCAUCCACUUCUUAUUUACUUUAGCUAUAUUUUGAUUAUGAUUAUGAUAGGUUUACAUUAAUUAUGUCAUUAUCUAUAAGGAACUAGGAGAUUGAAAAUGAAAAUUCAUGUCAUAAUGGUAACACAAAUCAAGUUUUUAAAAACCUAUAUGUAAUAGAAAAUGUGUAAAUUUGUACAUUAUGUAUUUUAGAUUAUUUUAAAGGAAUUUUAGAAAAAUAUUAUAGUUUUUGUAGCUACUGAUUGUUUCUAAUUAAAGUUAAUCAACCAAUUAAAUAUUUCCAUAAUUCCAUAAUAUGUAGUAAUUUUCUAUACAC